UCGCUCAGCUCAACUGUCAGUUGGUGUAGUACGUGCAGCGACGGCGAAAAAAAAGGGUCGCGUCGGAAGAGAAGGCCAAUUGUGUGUCGGUGUUGUCCGCGUUCGUUUUAUCUAAUCGUGAUUAAGUUAUUGUGCCUAAUUGUAGGUGAUUACUGUGCGUCCGUGCGUGCACGAAAAACACAACUCCAGCGAUGGCUUAUCAGGGAGGAUAUCCGCAACAGCAGUAUGGUGGUGGCGGUGGCGGCUACGGACAACACCCGGCGGCUGCCGCUGGAUACGGUGGUGGCUAUGGGGGUUACGCACCACCACCACAGCAACCGCCCGUCAAUCCGGAAAUUCAAAACAUCUUCCGAAACAUUGAUAAGGAUAACACGGGACGCAUUAACAACCGGGAACUGCAGCAGGCACUCAUCAAUGGACGGGGUGACCACUUUUCCGAUACCGCCUGUAACCUGAUGAUCAGCAUGUUCGAUCGAAACAAGACCGGCACGGUCGAUAUCUACGACUUUGAGAAGCUAUACAACUACAUCAACCAGUGGCUGCAGGUGUUUAAAAACUUUGACCGCGAUGCGUCGGGCCACAUCGAGGAGUCGGAACUGACGCAAGCGUUGACGCAGAUGGGCUUUCGCUUUUCGCCCCAGUUCAUACAGUACCUGAUCGCGAAGAACGAUCCAAUCAAUCGGAAGGAAAUCUCGGUGGACCAGUUCAUCGUGACCUGCAUCCAGAUACAGCGCUUUACCGAUGCAUUCCGCGUGCGCGAUACGGAGCAGAAGGGCAUCAUUACGAUCGGAUUCGAGGACUUUCUAGGCAUUGCACUGUCGAUGUGUUCCUAAAACUGUGCGAGCGGGGACAGUUCUGGCCGAAGGAUCUUCGCACCCGAUCUUGAACGCUCUAACCUAACCGCUAUCGUUUAAAGACACACAUACAAAAACACACACACACACUCACAGGCAGCUACUACACUCACUGUACACGCACGGUGAAGAGAACACCUGUGAAAGUAUUCUACUAAAACGGACAAAGCGAGAAAUUUACGCCGAAGGGGGAAAAAGUGUUGUCAACGGUGAGCCUUAUUCAGUUGAAUGGAAUACGCUUUUGUGAGAUUGAAUCAAAAUAACCCACUCAGAACAAACAAACAAAACAAACAUUAUGAGCAUAAUGAUGUGGCGGAUAUACGGUAGCCGCUGCUCGAGAUAGCAGGGAGAGAACCUUACAGCGAUUAGCUUACAGAAAACAAGAAACAAUCAGUCAACAACGUCAGAUGCCCAAACGGUAAACAUUCGUUAACAUCGUACACGUACUCCACUUUGCUCCCCCAAAAACACCAAUCAUUUCAUCUUAUCGUACAUUGAUUCAUAAGGGAUUCAUCGGUUAGCAAUAGUUUUGCAGACAGAACCUACAGCAACACCGACCAGUUCCACUAUCUAAGGAGUACCGAGCGAUAAAAACCGGCCGAUACCGAUAUGCGUCAUAAUUUAUCUAGUUUAAAUGGCAUGUGCUUGCAAACACGCUGGGAUGUGAUGAGGACGCGAGAUAGAGUGGUAGCGGGUAGUAGAUCUUGGCUAGAAUGCAGUCAGAUGUGUGGAAGGGGGCGGGCGCAGACACAGAAACACACACACACACACACACACACACACACACACACACACACACACACACACACAAACAAACACACGUACACUCUCAUAUACAGCUCUUGGUUAGCGUUAAGGUUCCUUUCGCUCUGUGUUGCUGGAGCAAGUUGUAUCUUUUCCGUUGGAUUGGCAAUGGGAUGGUUUCUGCGCACUGGAACUGUCCGUGCCGUCGUCGUCGUCGUCAUCGUCGUCUGAUGUGUGUGGUUCAUGAAAGUUUUUCGCAACCGCCCGGCCCGAACGAGAUGAACGCGCGGUAACAACGACGAAAAGUUUAUUGUAUUUUAAUCUAUCGGUAAUAAAUGUACUAUUAUCUACUUCACUGUUGGAAUUUUCAAAUGAGAGCGCGCGAGAAAAGAGAGUGCUAAAGUUCUGUGUCACUUCUUCAGUGUUGUUUAGCGGCAAAUGGUUUUAGAUCGUCUUCGUUGUAAAAACUUGCAAUAAAAUCCUAUUUUUAAAACGA